CAGUCCGGGAAGAAAACGUCAGUAAAAUAAACGCUCCCAAAAUGAUAAACAUCAAUAGAUCAUCCGUCUAUUCUGAUUAAAUAAUUAAAUAAUUCGGGUUUUAAGUGUGAACGUGUCAGUGAAACAGGCAGAAGUCGUAGAUAAUAUCAAACAAACCCUCACUGGUGUACAUAACCGGAAAAGCGCCUGUUUUCAUAUACCGUUACGUCCCGCUUGGCCGGGCGGGGAAGUGAAAGGUCAGCAACAGCGAUGGGGGAAGUUUGUAAAGAGAAGAAGUCAGAGUCAUGGCUUUCUGUGAUUUGGCGAGUCUGCAACGUGUUCAUGUCUUUAUUCUUCGCUCUGGCCACAUAUGUUCAGAUCAAUGAUCCAGAUGCAGGGUUAUGGAUGGUGGGUUAUGGUGUCCCUGCAGUCCUGUGUGUGUUUAUUGGCUUCAGCUCUCAUGUGACAGAGACUUUGCCCUGGAGGCGUGUCGCUGACCUCCAUGUGAUGAUUUCCAGCGCUGUUGUUUCCAUGUUGGGAUGGAAACUUUAUAAAGAGAGAGUCACACACAUCUUCCAACAGGAGGAGGGCAGAGAAUUUUCUGGCCUCAUGUUGACGCUUGUUUGGCUCCUCAUGUGUCGCCACUCCGGAAGGGCUCCAGUCGGGAUGCUCCGAGUCUCGACAGCUGUUGCCAUCACAGUCUUCCCCUUUGUGGCCUGGCUGUACUACUACGUCAACAAGGAGCUGAGAUCAAACUGGCCUUCACAUUGUAAAACUGCAAUUUAAACAUCAACGUCCUGCCUGUUUUUGGGGUGAUUAAACAUUCCCUUCAUUUUGUUCUUUGACUGAAAAUCCUGAACCAAAUAUGCUGCUUGAAUGAACCUGUUGUAAUAUCAUAAGACAGCUAGUCACUUUGAAAUUGUGUCAUUUAAAGAUGUUUGUUUCAUCGACAAUCUGUUGCAUAAGUAUUACAAACUCUGGCAACACUUUGUAUAACCCUUGUUAAUAAAUGGUAGAUUUACAGUUUAUUAAACAAGAAAUUAAAUGCUUUAUAAAUAUGUUUUUUGCAAAUUCUUGGGGUUAGUAAACUUAACCAUAAACAAUUUCUUGCUAAAUGAUAUGAUUGAUGAUUCAUAUACAUUAUAAACAGUCAAAUAACUGUUAACAAUAGUUUAAUCAGCUGUAAAUGUGCCAAUGUAUUAAUGAUUGUUUUUAUAGUGUUACCGUAGCUCUGUCUUUCUCUUUAAAGCUCUAUAUAAAUACAUGUUUUUUUAUAUAUAUUUUAGUUGAUUGUAAAACAAAUACACAUAUUUUUUAAUUGGC